AUGUCGCAUACACGUACCGUUAAUGGAAAACGCCGCUCCCAGCUGUCCCAGGGAGGACAGAACAUCACGCACAUGGCAUCCAACGGCGGCGGAGAGGGAAUGAUGUUGAGGCGGCAACUUUCUUCAUCCGGUCGGCGCCCCAGAAAACGCGGUCUGCCACCAUUCACUAGUGCGCCAGCUCGCAACAUGGUCAGACGGACGCCUAACACCAGUGAAAUGCCCCGAGGCGGCUUGACCUGCUUACUUCCCUCGGUACUCUGCAGCGGCAGUUGGGUGAUUUGCCUCGCAAUCGUGGGUUCUGUGUGUCUCUACAGUAAGUAUAGCGAGCUGCGAGAACGGAUCAACAGUGUGGUUGACCCGGACAGUUACGCUUACACGGUUGCUGUGACUGACAGUGCAGCCAAAGAUGCUCGCAGUGAUUCCAAAGCUCACGGAAGCAGUCAUUCCACAUCCACCGCAAGCUCGGAGAAAAAGCAAAUCAUUCAACCAUGGGAAAUCCCGAUCAAGGGAGACUUGAACUUCACCAAGAAGGCUCAACUCCAGGACGUGUUGUUUUUUAAUGGCGUACCCCGAUCUGGGUCGGGUCCGAUCCUCGGGCUCCUAGAACUACUUUCCAAAGACAAACCAUAUCGCUUUAAAAGCGAAAACCCCACGAUCUCUAAUGACAAAAUAUACAUCAACGCGGAUGCAGAGCGCGAAAUUGUGGAUACUGUCAGCAGUAUGAAAGCCCCAGCUGCCUUCGGAACGCGAACAGCAUUUGUUGAUUUCAAAAAGUAUGGAAAGAAAUUCCCGAUCAUGGUGAGCAUUGUUCGUCAUCCGUUCGAGCGUUUGCUGUCGUCUUUCUUCAUUGUGAGGGCACCUUGGGUGACUGUGGGCAGAUACAAGGCUAGGCCUGAGCUGGGCAUGCCAACCAUCGAAUGGGUCGUUAAGGAUUUCGAAAGCUGUGUUUUCUCCGGAGAUGCUGAGUGCCAGUGGAUUCCUGAGUCAGCGGAAGCCGGAACUGACCACAGGAGACAAAUGCGCUUUUUCUGCUCGCAUGAAGAUCACGAGUGCUGGCCAUUUGACAGUCCACAUGCUCUGAAAAUGGCGAAGAAAAACGUGGAAAAGCAUUAUGCUGUCGUCGGAGUGUUGGAGGAUUUCAACAAAACUCUCACUGUUUUAAGUCACUACGUCCCAAGAUUCUUCCGUGGCGCAGUUCCGUUGUACCAAGACCAAGGUGACGAACUUCCGGGGGCGGAAAAGAACUGGUACAAACGCCCAGUGUCACAAGAAAUCCAAGACCUUGUGAGCCGGAACUUGACCAACGAAAUCGAAUUCUACAACUUCUGCCGACAACGUUUGCACAGCCAGUAUCUGGCCAUAAAGAACAAGUUGCACUGAAAAAGAAACAAAAUGCCGACCCAAAAAAUGGGAUACUCAAGUAUUUCGAGACAGAGCUGGAAAGAGAAUUGAUUUUUUUUUUCGUGAUUCUCAUGAAGGAAAUGGUCGGAUGUACCAAUUCACCAGCUCAAGAGGUCCGCGAAAUCACGUCAAAAAAUGACGCAGCACUUUUUUUCCACAUGAGAUUACCGCAAAACGGAAGGUUUUGCUUCUGCAAUCAUUAGCCUCUGGCUGUGCACACAAUUACUUCUUUCGGGUCCAGUGCUAUACUUAUUAUGACAGUACUUUACUUCAGUGAUGAAGUAUUUGUUCUUGGGAUUUCAGACGGUCGUGAUUGCAAUUUCAGUUCGUUUUUUUUUGAAUCUGUCACUCAAAGUGUGGAACGUGAUUUUUCUUGCCGCAAUCACGCAUUCUACCUUUCUGAAGAAUUUUUCGGUUACAAUCCUGAAUUAUUUUGAGUAGCGUAUUCUCAUUCGAUUUUUUUUAGUUCUAGCUUCCAUUCAGGAAGUGUGGACAUUCUUGAAGAAAAAUACGGCUUUCAAAGCUGAAAUACCUUUACCUUCUUUAAGAAUAAAUUUCAGUGCCGCAGACGUGAUUACUAUAUUGUUGACUUGUUGCAUUUUGGCAAAACUGCUUCUUUUUGGCGCACCGGGGAUUUCGCGGUUCUGAUUUUCAAAAUUCUGAAGUCGCAGAUGGGAAGAAAACCUUGUUCUGAAAUA